AAAUUGGCAAUCCUUGAAGGUGACACUGAUCAUGAGUCGCCCCAAUCAAGUUCUUCAGGCCAGACGUGGUGAGUACCCAUGAUCUCCAACUGCAAAAUGAAUGCUCAAAACGAUCCUAGUCUUGGGAAACUAGGCUGGUUUUUCCGAGGCAAGCGUCACCAAGACAGUUUGUGGUCUUGGGUUGUGUGUUUUUCAGCAAUGAUUUGUAAUGCUCUUGGCCUUGGCUUUGCUCUAAGUUACGGAGUUCUGCUUCCUGCGUUAAUGGACUAUUUUGAUGAGACAAGCGAAAGAACUGGUGAGUGAUGAAAAUCAUUUUAACUUCCUUAGCUAGUGAUCACAUAAUAAAAGGUGUAUGUAGUCUAAGAUCCCGUUGAAUGGCAGUUGAGUAGAGCUUCGCUUAACUCUAGCUGACAAUUGAUGAUCGAAGUAGUGGAAUAUUUGAAUAUCACAAUAAAUGGGCGGAUUUAGAGUGGGGGCUUUGCAAUAGGGGGUCCGUGGCGCCUUGGUAUGUCUGAAAUUGUGUUUUAAAAUUUAAAAUUUAAUAUAUUUAUCUAGUCAUAUUUGUUUAAUCGGUCCUAAUUCAAAGUCAUUUGGACGAUGGCUAAUUUACAAGUUGUCCUCAGUUUCCUACUGUAACCGAAUACGUCGGGUUAAGCGUUCGAAGUAUAUUUGCAAUACGGUCGAAAAAGGUGUCUGUGAAAGCUAAGGUUUAAGUGAUUAUUGCUGGUUUUAGGUACAAUUUUACCAUAUCGCGUGUGACCAGAAUGAAAAGUUAAGUAGCUCUUAAGGUAAUGGCUAUCUUGUUCGACUUGCACUUAUAGACGAAGACAAGAUCCAAUUUCUCUAACCUGUAGACUGAGUGGAGUAAGGCGAUUAAAAAUAAAUAAGAUAAAUAAAUAAGAUUAAAUUUUGAGUGUUUUGACUGAGCUGGGGACGAGUAGCGAGAGGUCAAUUAUUUUGCGCGACAUACGAGAUUUUGAGCGAUAACUAUAGGGUAGAGCUUAGCCAAAGUGAGCAAUGCUUUGGAAUAUUUAAAUCUAGCACAUAUUAAGUUCUUUAUAUUCCUUACAUUGUUUAUGGUUGAUCAAUUUUCGAUUGUCAUAUGUUAUUGCAAGAUUUUGUCAGCUAUCAGCAAAACUUCACCAUGGUUUACUCUUAUCUUCGAGGUUUUCUGCUGAAAAAUUAAUUCGAUGAUUUUUCUCGGAGUAAAGGGCUGGCGCGAAUGUGAAGUGACUCUACACGUUCCUGUGUUACGUAACUACCAAGUUGAAGCAAGUAAAACGCCUGCAGCAGGUUUUAAGAUUCGAGGUCAUUAGUAAAACUAAACAAACAGUAAGUACAAAACAAAAGCUUUUGCUUGCGCUUUAUGCUUAGCAUAUUUCUCCAGCGACUAAUCCUAACAUAGAGAUUAAAUCACAAAAAAAAAAUGAAAAACGACUCUUAACAACAGCAUAGGUAAGCCUAAAAGCAGAGCUCCUUGUAAACAUUCACUUGAAACCAAACUUUAAGCCAUUGUAUGCAAACUAAUUAAACUGGUUGACCGUAGUCGACAGCAGAACNAUAGGGUAGAGCUUAGCCAAAGUGAGCAAUGCUUUGGAAUAUUUAAAUCUAGCACAUAUUAAGUUCUUUAUAUUCCUUACAUUGUUUAUGGUUGAUCAAUUUUCGAUUGUCAUAUGUUAUUGCAAGAUUUUGUCAGCUAUCAGCAAAACUUCACCAUGGUUUACUCUUAUCUUCGAGGUUUUCUGCUGAAAAAUUAAUUCGAUGAUUUUUCUCGGAGUAAAGGGCUGGCGCGAAUGUGAAGUGACUCUACACGUUCCUGUGUUACGUAACUACCAAGUUGAAGCAAGUAAAACGCCUGCAGCAGGUUUUAAGAUUCGAGGUCAUUAGUAAAACUAAACAAACAGUAAGUACAAAACAAAAGCUUUUGCUUGCGCUUUAUGCUUAGCAUAUUUCUCCAGCGACUAAUCCUAACAUAGAGAUUAAAUCACAAAAAAAAAAUGAAAAACGACUCUUAACAACAGCAUAGGUAAGCCUAAAAGCAGAGCUCCUUGUAAACAUUCACUUGAAACCAAACUUUAAGCCAUUGUAUGCAAACUAAUUAAACUGGUUGACCGUAGUCGACAGCAGAACGUAGUUCAAAUGGCACAGUCUGCGUCUCGGGCCCAAAAAUUCCAUACUGAUGACUUAAAUGUUUUCGUAACAAGCCAUUUCCGAGUUCCAAAAACUCUCACGUUCAAAAUCCAAGUGCAAAACCCUUCUCGUGAAAGUUUAAGUUUAUUUGCAUGAAAAUAAAAUAACAUUUUUAUAUCAAUGGUUUUGCACUUAGCCUCGCGCUUUAAAACAGAGGCUUGGGGCAACUCGUUGAUUCGUAAAAUCCCUGGAAAGAUGAAGAGGGCUGGAAAUGAGGAAUAUAUAAAUUUCAUUUAUUGCAACCGCAGAAUGAAGAAUUAAAUGCAAAGGUAGAGUAAAAAAAAUUAGUAAAAACCUCAGAAUGUGGAUCGGCAAACUCAGGGAACACUUGGGAUCAUUGCAGUGAUCUUUGGUUGUUUGGUGAGAACAACCACGAUCUUAAGAAGGACCCUAGACAGGCCUAAGGGUUUUAGGAUAUAGCUAGAUGUUUAGGGGAGAAAAGGCCACCUCAGUGGUAUGACACUUGCACUUGAACAUAACAAUAAUAAUAGUAAUAGUAAUAAUAAUAAUAAUAAUAAUAAUAAUAAUAAUAAUAACAAUAAUAAUAAUAAUAAUAAUAAUAUACGAUUCCAAAAAUGUCCGAAUUCGUAUGGGCGGGACUUUACACUUCAACAAGUUAUUUACUAGCAAAUAGAGUCCCAGAAAUCUUAUUAAAAUUUUCUGGAUGAUAACAUAUGUUAAUGCGGGAAGUCUUAGUUACUCAUUAACUAGCUACGACUUCCUGCAUAGUAAUUUUAACCUCCUGACCAAACGUCACAUUUUUGAUUUAAUUGGCGCUCCCUCUUUUUUUCUGCCCUUAUUGUCUCCUCUCCUUUUCCCUUGUUGCAGAUGCCAUGCAUGCCACGCCAGGUCUGUAACCUCGUCAUAACGGCCCUUUUUUUUUAACUCCAACUGAGCUCUUUGUUGUUAUGGGAGUUUUACUCGUGUGUGUAGAUUCCACAGCACUGUCAGACACACCUCUAGGGCAUCACGGUCUGUCGAAUACCUUUAAAUAAAAAUACUGACCACUGCAGGAGCACUGUUUUUGAAGUUGAAUAACAAAGAUGUAUAACAUAUAUUUUGCUGAAAACUAUAUAUGUAACAGUGAUGUGUAUGUUCUGACGUGCUUGAAUAAAACGAGUCAGUAAAAACAUUUAUGAAAAAGUUGUUCAGUGUGAAAUCAUUCUAAAAAUAUUUUUCAGGCGUCGCUUCGCGGCUUGAAAGUAUCUAAAUAAUUUGUGUCAGUCUAGGCCUUCAUAAACUAAUCAAGUAAGGUAACAGGGUAGUGAAGCGGUAACAAACAUACUGUUAAUUUCAAUUUUCAUUAAAGAAGGAUGUAGAAUGAGUCAUUAUAUGUUUUAGCAGGACUGGUUAGAGACGCGGCAAUUACGAGUCGACUAGCAAGCCACCGUAUCAUUUGGACGUUUGCAUGCUAAGAGAUAUUUUUAAAGGGUUAAAGGGUCUGUGUCACGAGGAUAAUGCUGUUUUAUGUUUAUUCUGUACUGAUUAGUCAUAACUUAGUGUGGCUUGACCAAUACACAAAAUGAAUUUUAAGAGUUAUCAGGGGCACCUAACGAGAAUAUAGUUCAAUACCACUUAAACAUAGCAUUGUUAACCGUAUUUUUAGUACAGUGGAAAUAGGCAUAUUUUUAUCCUCUAGGAAUUUUUCAUCUGUUCGGAUUUCNUACACAAAAUGCUUUUCAGAGUUAUCAGGGGCACCUAACGAGAAUAUAGUUCAAUACCACUUAAACAUAGCAUUGUUAACCGUAUUUUUAGUACAGUGGAAAUAGGCAUAUUUUUAUCCUCUAGGAAUUUUUCAUCUGUUCGGAUUUCCUAGCUGAAAGUCUAGUGAUCGAAAAUUAUAGGGAUCAACACUUACCUUUUCGAAAAUUUCAGCCAGAAAAAAGGCUCCCGAAAACUCUAGAUGAUCUUUUAAGGGUUAAAAUCCGUUAAAAAUUGGCAAUUAUAACAUUUUUUAGAAGUUCGACAAUCCUAGGAGAGGCAGGCAAGCAAGAAUUUUUACAACAAAUGUUCCAAAAAUUCUAGAUCUCAAAUCGUCUUCCCGAACCGGAUAUUUUCCGAAAAUUGUCGUUGGGUGCCCCUGAGUUAUGAAGAAUAUGUCAAAAAAAUGUCCGUAGGGUGCACUAACCAUAACAUUUUUCCGUGACUUUUUCAAAGUAUUAACACAUGAAAAGGUUGGCCCAACUUUUCCAAGUUUCAAUCCAUGUCCAUCCUUGCCGUCCGUUGCAACAACAGAAAACAGUUUCGAUCAACACCUAAAUAUAGUCUUAAAUAACAAAACCGGACCACUAUCUUAGCAAUUCAGUUGAUUCGAAGACACGUUUUAGCUUUUUAAAGAGAUAGCAAAUAGCUUGACAUAGUGCCUUUAAUCCUCUGAAAAUCAUGAAACCAACUGUUGCAUAAUUUAAAGGUUUGUUGAGAAGCUCACGUUUCAAACGCUAGCCUUCGCCAGAGCGAACCAGGGUAUUGUGGUUUGUAUGUGUAGUUUACGUUAUGACGUGGUUGCUUUUAGUUUUGUCUUUGACUAUUGGGAUUUUUAAGGUUUUCAGUCUUAGUUAUAGGGUAUCAAAAUGAUUUUUUUGUAGUACUGUGCUACUUUCUUAAUAAACAGUUCAUGGUCCAAGUUAAUUCAAUGUUUAGCCCACACCGAUAGUUCCUUAGUUUUUUUGGUAGUAUCGUCUUUUUGAAGGAUUUGUUAAACUGAAAUGAAGUUCUUUGAAGUAGGCAUGUUCGGGGAUUAUAGCUGACCUUGGGUUUUACCUACACUGGAGUUAAUGUUUUUUUUUUUUUGUGCUUAGUCCUACUGAGCAAUUUUACCGCUAGCAUUUUUGGUUCUUUGGUACUUGUCAAUGACGAAAGUGUAAACUGUUGUACAGGAUAUGCAUAACGAGCCGCGCGUUCUUAGCAACCAAAAAAACCGCAGUAUCCAGCUGAGAUCCCUGAAUUUUAGUCCUCCAACUCUGCUAGAUACCCAGUAGUUUUUCUAACAUUCACUAUUCCGUUGAUCUCUGAUAGUAAUAUGAUAGAGGCGUCAAUUAUGCAACGAAAUGUACAGCUCUGGUUUCGGUUAAAAUUAUAUUGUAAUUUGCGGUAGUUGACCGCAAAACUGUUACGAUGAUGGAUACUCAACUCUUUUAACUUGCGGAAAGCUGAGGCUUGUGAUGAACGGAAAGUUCUCACGGUCAGCUAACAUAAACACGACAAUUUGGUUAUUUAAUUCGCUGGUAAUAGGCUUGUUAGUUAUUAGUUGUAGCCGAAGAACUUAGAAGUAAGAAGCUGCUUCUGCAAGAGAAUAAAGUGCUGUGAAGGAACAGAGUGUCGGAUGGUACCACUCGUUAAUUGACUGGGCGAGUACAUUUCCACACAACUCUCAUCAUUUAUAUACGGGACGUAGGUGGGGAACAUGAUAAAGGGAAAAACAAGAAUUUUAAGAAUUAUAAUAGUAACAAGAACAAUAAUAAUUAUAUAGUAGCCAAUCAGAUGAGUCUUUUAGUUAAGAUGUAUCAUUACCUUUUGUUCGCAAUCAAGACCCUGAAAAUCUAGUUAGAAACUUGAUAGCAGUUUAACAUAUAACCAAAUGCAUGCAAGCUUAUACCCAAAGAAAGAAUAGUGUACUGCGCGAGCAUUUAACAGUACUUGAAAGAUCCCACUGAGUCGCCCUAAUCAAGUUCACCAGGUCAGGCGCGGUGAGUUCUGAUCUCAAACUGAAAAAUGCAUGCUCAAGAAGAUCCUAGUCUUGGGAAACUAGGACAGUUUUUCCGAGGCAAGCGUCACCAAGACAGUUUGUGGUCUUGGGUUGUGUGUAUUUCAGCAAUGAUUUGUAAUGCUCUUGGCCUUGGCUUUGCUCUUAGCUUCGGCGUUCUGUUACCCGUGUUAAUGGACUAUUUUGGCGAGACAAGUGAAAAAACUGGUGAGUGAUAAAAAUACUUUUAAUUUCCUUAGUGAUCACCCUUCAGUAAUGCAGGAGCGUAGCUCACCCCCGUGCGUACGGCUGAAAUCUGCAGGAAAUAAUAUUUAAAUUUUUUAUUUCCCUAAUUUCCCUUUUUUAUUUCGUUUAAUCGGGAUGACCGACUUAUUUUUCGCAAUCAAGAUCAUUCUCUCUUGUCGCAAUAUAGUGGUGUCUUUGUGUGUUUUCUUUAACCUUUCAUUAUUCCAUAAACCGAUGGCAAGAAACGUUAUAAUGGGGUGAGAAACGAAAAAAAUGUACUCUUCGCUGUCCCCUCUUAACAUUUCCCUUCCUUUGUUUGGAGCUCCUUCUAAAUCCCACGCUAUGCCACUGAAAGGCCCGAUUGAAGUUUUGCUUAACUAGCACUGACCCCAUUUUAAUCUUGGUAAAGGCUGUAAGAAGAGAAGAGAAGUUCUAGAUUCUUCUAUUUUAAACCAGUACUGCGUAAUUAAGAGAUGAGAGACUGAUGGAGGUAAGGCGAUCUCUAUAAGUUAGAUCCAGCGAACUGGGGUUUAAUUAGCGACCAUUUAUUUGUGCAACGCAUGAGAUUUGGAGGAAGAACUAACUGGUCGAGGUUAGCUAAAUGACUCCUUGAACGACAGAAAUGGAAUAAAUGGCUCUAGACCACAUGUUACAUUCUUUAUCUUUCUUACAUAUUUUCUGGUUGAUCAGUUUCAUUCUCAGAAUUAAACUGUUGCUAGAUUUAUUUUUGCCUAUCAGCCAAAAUUCAUUAUGGUUUCCUAUCAGCGUCGAGGUUUAGUGUUAACUAUAAGUCGGACCGUAAUUCGAUAAUGUUUCCCAGGGUAAUCAAAGAGCUGGCAGCGAGCGAGUACGUGACCCUACAGCUUGCUGAGUUAUUUGAUUAGAGCGUUUAAGAAAAACGCCUGCGGUGUUAGAUUCAGUUUUAUUUAAUUUGAGACCAAUCUACGUAGCCUCCCACGCAGACGUUCUUAGGGGUUCGUCAUGCGUUCCUACAUGUUCCUGCUCCGUGGGCUAAGACCAAUCCAAAACAAAGCCCUCUCUUGGGCUCUAUUUUUAGUACAUUUCCCUAUUGAUGUAGUCGACCUAUGCUAGGUUUGUAAUCCCGAAAGAAAACAGUCUCUCAAUAUAGGUAUUUGACCAGACCUAAAGGCAUUUACUUCUAAUCAAUUGUAUGCAAGGAAAUGUAACUAGACAAACUUAAAACCGACCCAAACCAAAAAAACAAACUUUGGUGUAAAGGCACAGAUUUGCAAAAUCUCUGCUGUGCGUGCUGAUUGACGUUCUGCAGGCGUCUUACUGGUUCCCCAGACUUCACGCAAACCCUAAAAUUGUGCAUUGUUCAUUGUGAAUUGAUUUUACAGGCUUAAGUCUUCCCGUAGAAA